AUGACUACUGUGCAUCGUUUGGUUAUCGUGCGCCACGGCGAGAGCGUCUGGAACCAGGAGAACCGCUUCUGCGGCUGGUUCGAUGCCGACCUCAGUGAGAAGGGUAUGGAGGAGGCCAAGCGCGGGGCCCAGGCCAUCAAGGACGCAGGCCUCAAGUUCGAUGUGUGCUACACCUCCGUGCUGAAGCGUGCAGUCAAGACCCUGUGGACCAUCAUGGAGGGCACGGACCAGAUGUGGCUGCCGGUGAUCCGCACCUGGCGUCUGAACGAACGCCACUACGGAGGCCUCACCGGCCUCAACAAGGCUGAGACGGCUGAAAAGCACGGAGAGGAGCAGGUGAAGAUCUGGCGCCGUUCCUUUGACACUCCACCUCCACCCAUGGACAAGGAGCACUCUUACCACAAAAUCAUCAGUGAGUCCCGGCGCUACAAGGGCUUGAAGCCCGGCGAGCUGCCCCUGUGCGAGUCGCUGAAGGACACCAUCGCCCGGGCUCUGCCUUUCUGGAACGACGUCAUCGCUCCCGAAAUCAAAGCUGGGAAGAACGUUAUCAUCGCUGCCCAUGGCAACAGUCUCCGUGGCAUCGUCAAGCACUUAGAAGGUAUGUCCGAUGCAGCCAUCAUGGAGCUCAACCUGCCCACGGGAAUCCCGAUCGUGUACGAGCUGGACGCGGACCUGAAGCCCGUGAAGCCCAUGGCGUUCCUCGGCGAUGAGGCUACCGUAAAGAAGGCCAUGGAGGCCGUGGCCGCUCAGGGCAAAGCCAAGAAGUAA